UUUCUUGUGAAACUUAGUUCUUGAAAUAAACCCAUCUUUACCUUCACUCCAUCAUCAUCAAUCUCUUCACGCCCAAUACACGCUCCAUCCUCUUUCUAUUUAAACUCACUACAAAAUCAAAAGCUUUAUAUUUUUCUAAGGAAGAAGGACUUGAAGAAAAUUUCAAGAUGAGAGUGCUUGAAAGUGGGUUUCUUUUCAUUCUUCUUUUCAAUCUUCUCUCUUGGUUUCAACUCCCAUUCCUUGUGGUUUCUUCUUCCUCUUAUGAGGGACACUGGUAUGACUAUUCUGCUUAUACUGAGUGCAAAUCUUAUCCAGAGGACCCUCUAUACAAUGGAGGGAUUUUGAAGGACAAUGUUGAGGGUAAUUUUGGGAACCAUUUAAUGGAAACAAUUUCAUAUUCCCCUGCAUUUUUAUUGGAAAAUCUCACUGCCACAACUAGAUAUACUUUCUCAUGUUGGGUAAAAAUCAAUGCAAUAAACUACUCAUCAUCACUUGUGAAAGCAAGGCUAUCAAUAGAUGACUCCAAAUUGGAAUGCAUAGGAACAGUGAUGGCAAGAAGUGAUUGUUGGUCUUUCCUCAAGGGUGGCUUUGUUCUUGACUCACCAUCAAAGGCAUCUCUUCUUUUCUUUGAGAGUGUGGAAGAAAAUUUGACAGAUAUUAUGAUAAGUAGCGCUUCUUUGCAACCAUUCACAAUUGAACAAUGGGGAAUGCAUCAACAAAACAAUAUACGACUUAAAAGGAAGCGAAUGGUUGCAGUUCAUCUAUCAGAUGAAAAAGGAAAUCAAAUAAGUGGAGCUUCAAUUUUAAUACAACAGUUAUCUAAAGACUUUCCAUUUGGUUCUGCAAUCGCCAAAACUAUCAUAGGAAACUCUGCUUAUCAGGAUUGGUUCAUCAAAAGAUUCAAUGCGGCAGUAUUUGAAAAUGAGCUUAAGUGGUAUGUGACAGAGAAAGAGCAAGGAAAUUUGAACUACUCUUUAGCUGAUCAAAUGCUAGAAUUUGUAAGGGGCAAUCAAAUUCUAGUCAGGGGUCAUAAUAUUUUUUGGGAGGAUCCACAAUACACUCCAAAAUGGGUUCUUGAUCUCAAUGGCGAAGAGCUUAAAUCAGUUGUUGAUUCAAGAAUUCAAAGCUUGUUGUCCAGGUACAAGGGGGAGUUUGUGCAUUGGGAUGUGAACAAUGAGAUGCUUCAUUUUGAUUUCUAUGAACAAAGGCUUGGCUCUGAUGCCUCAUUAAACUUCUUUCAAACUGCCCAACAAGAAGACCCACUUGCCACAUUGUUUAUGAAUGACUUCAAUGUUGUGGAGACUUGUGAUGAUAAGAAUUCAAGUGUGGAUUCUUAUAUUUUGAGACUUAGAGAACUCAUGGAAGGUGGUGCCAUUUUGGAUGGAAUUGGACUUGAAGGGCAUUUUACAAGGCCAAACAUUCCAUUCAUGAGAGCAGUGAUUGACAAAUUGGCAACUCUUAACCUUCCCAUUUGGUUAACAGAGAUUGAUAUCAGCAAGAAGAUGGAUCAACAAACCCAAGCAACAUACUUAGAAGAGGUGUUGAGAGAAGGGUUUUCACAUCCAUCAAUAAAUGGGAUAAUGCUAUGGACAGCUCUCCAUCCAAAUGGUUGCUAUCAAAUGUGCUUGACAGAUAACAAUUUCAAAAACCUUCCAACAGGAGAUGUGGUUGACAAAUUGUUGCAAGAAUGGCAAACAAACCAAACAGGUGGUGUCACUAAUGAACAUGGUCUUUAUAGCUUCAAUGGUUUUCUUGGGGAGUAUAAGAUUAGUGUGAGCUUUGGAAACAAGUCCACAGUCACCACUUUCUCUCUUCCUCAAGGGGAGGAGACUAAACAUUUGAACAUUCAGUUGUACUAAUUAAACCUUCAUUUUCUUUUCCUUUUUAUUUCUUUAUAGAUGUUAUGCUGUGGUUAUUUAAUACAUAUAUAAUAAAAAUUAGCCUAUUUAGGGUC